CAAAGAAUUCUUAUACAAAACGGUUAAAUCUGUCAACACAGCCUGCAUAUCAGCUGGAAAAGAGCAUGCGCAUCUGGCAAAAUAUGAUCUUACCUUACCGAUACACGGACGGAUAGUGCGCGUACGUGCUCUAAGCGCUGGCUUCGCCCUAUUCUAAAUUAAUAAAAACUUUGUUAUUUGUUUGUUGAUAUUAACCUAAAGUUGGAUACUUGGGUGCAAAAUGGAUGUAUCAAGUGUCUUUUGUGAUCUGGGACAUGUCCCGAAAGUGAUACGUUGGCGAAAAAAGCGAGAUUAACCUCAUUUUGGGCUCUCAGGUCGACGACGCAAGGAAGCCCAGCCGUAUCCGUUCAUCACCAGCAUGGUGAACAGCGGUACUUUCGAUACUAACGCACUUGGAUCAGGGGAUCGAAAUGCAAAAGUUACUUUCACUUACCCGGAUGCCGUUUCAUCGGACUCCGUCUCGACGCAUUGUAAAACCGGCGCUUCUGCUUGGUCUUCAACAGCUGACGGAGAUGCCGCUGCUGCAUCUGCGCAAUCGAGCGAUGAAUCGAAGUCGGUGGAGCACGAGACGCCGCGAAAAAAUCUCGACGCCUCAACAGGCAACGUCGAUUGUUCGGUCGACGGCGAGGAUAAGAGCACCUUGUGCUGCAGCGUCCCGCUUGAGAAGGUACAAGGUGUUUUGACGUUUCAUCCCCCAAAAUGCGAGGAGCCGAAGCCCACCAGGAAAUUACUGGAUUCAAAAGGAAGAAUGACCUUGUUGUGUCUUUAUUGCGAGAGGUCGUUUGCCAGCGCAAAUCUCCGCCAAAAACACGUCGAGCGCAUUCAUUCGGUAAAGAAAAACCGUCGGCUCAGUUCGCGGAAGCAAAACCAACUCACUGUCACUCCGUGUAUCUACUGCGAGAAAUUAGGUUCCUCAGAAAACACUUUAAAAGAUCUCUUCCAACAUCUAAUCAACGAACAUUCUGACAAAUAUUUCGGAUGUCUUCCGUGCGAGGAACGCUUCGUAAUCAACUCUUUGUUGUCUGACCAUAACGUUUCCCACCAUCAACCUGUGCCGGAAAUUAACGAGAAAGCUCCUGCGAAGUUGGCUUUGACUGAAGAUAGGUCUGUAAAAGAGGUAUCUGUCAAACUGACGAGGAGCAAAACCAAACCAAAGGCUGAAGCGACAGAUAACCCCGAUAGAGCUAAAAAAUCAAUUCGGGCAAAAAAUGCAAAGUUAAAAGAGCUACGAAGCAAGAAACUGACCGUAAAAUCGUCGCGGAUAGCUCUUAACAGAAGGGAAAGUAAAAGACUUCAGGUCAUAAGUGAUGCUCAAAAGAAGAAGAGGCAGAAACCCGCGGAAAGAGGCAAACAAACGAAUGUAAACAAAAGUGAACCAGUACCGGAAAAGUCGAGUUGUAUCAACCCGUACCCCGAAUUCGAUCACUUCUACCGUGUCAAAAAAAUCACAGAUCAUUCCAUAGACAAUUUAAAAAUUAGUUCUUUAACCUUUGACGACGUAUUCGACAAGACUUUCUUUAAUAGAAUUAAGUGCAAUAUUGAGGAAAAUUUGUUACAUCAUAUUGAUGGAAAAUUAUUCAAAAAUGAAGAAUCUGAGAGUAGGAUCUCAAAUUUUGAGAAAAUAUCAACAGUGCAGCAAGAAAUUCAAAAUUCGGCGCCGGAAAACUACGGAUGCGAAUUGUCCCUUAACGCUGUUACUCCCGUGGCGUCGUUGUCCCUUAACUCACAAUUCGGGGAAGACUUUGAAUCUCAGAUUGAAUAUGGGUCGAAACCAUCGAAAAAAAAGGCCCAGACCAAAAAAGAUGAAGUACAUUAUAAGUAUUUCACCAGACGUAAAUUUCAGGUAAGUUUUGCUAUUUCUUUUAUUAUUAUUAUUAUAGUGUAGGUGUAGGUGUUAUAC